GCUGAGCGUGGUGUGCAGGGUACGGGGCUCUCCUGCCUUCUGGGCUCCAACGCAGCGCUGUGGCUGAAGUGGGUGCUCGCCACCAGAAAUGCUGGGCUAUGGGAUACAGAUGUGGCAGCUCAGGUAGCCUCAUGUUGCCUGGAGGAAUACAUCUUGCUUUCCGAUAAGAAGAAAUUGUAGAAGCCAGUUUUUUUUUCUUUUUUUUUUACACACCCCCCUCCAAAAUAAACUGUAAAGAUGCAAAAACGUAAUAUUCAUGAAGAUCCUAUUACCUAGGAAGAUUUUGAUGUUUUGCUGCAAAUGCGGUGUUGGGAUUUAUUUGUUCUUGGAGUGUUCUGCGUGGCUGGCAAAGAAUAAUGUUCCAAAAUCGGUCCAUCUCCCAAGGGGUCCAAUUUUUCUUCCUGGGUGUCAGCGAGCCCUGACUCACUACAGCGCAGCUGACAGGGGCUGUCAUGCAAGUGGCCCCCUAAGCCAAAGCAAAGACCUAAGGACGACCUUUGAACAAUACAAAGGAUGGGUUUCAAUGUAAUUAGGCUACUGAGCGGAUCAGCUGUAGCACUGGUUAUAGCCCCCACUGUCUUACUGACAAUGCUUUCUUCUGCCGAACGAGGAUGCCCAAAGGGCUGUAGGUGUGAAGGCAAAAUGGUAUAUUGUGAAUCUCAGAAAUUACAGGAGAUACCCUCAAGUAUAUCUGCUGGUUGCUUAGGUUUGUCCCUUCGCUAUAACAGCCUUCAAAAACUUAAGUAUAAUCAAUUUAAAGGGCUCAACCAGCUCACCUGGCUGUACCUUGACCAUAACCAUAUCAGCAAUAUUGAUGAGAAUGCUUUUAAUGGAAUACGCAGACUCAAAGAGCUGAUUCUGAGUUCCAACAGAAUCUCCUAUUUUCUCAACAAUACCUUCAGACCUGUGACAAAUUUACGGAACUUGGAUCUGUCCUAUAAUCAGCUGCAUUCUCUGGGAUCGGAACAGUUUCGAGGUUUGCGAAAGCUGCUGAGUUUACAUUUACGAUCUAAUUCCCUGAGAACCAUCCCAGUGCGAAUAUUCCAGGACUGCCGCAACCUGGAACUUUUGGACCUGGGAUAUAACCGGAUCCGAAGUUUAGCCAGGAAUGUCUUUGCAGGCAUGAUCAGACUCAAAGAACUUCACCUGGAGCACAAUCAAUUUUCUAAGCUCAAUCUGGCCCUUUUUCCAAGGUUGGUGAGCCUUCAGAACCUUUACUUGCAGUGGAAUAAAAUCAGUGUCAUAGGACAGACCAUGUCCUGGACCUGGAGCUCAUUACAAAGGCUUGAUUUAUCAGGCAAUGAGAUCGAAGCUUUUAGUGGACCUAGUGUUUUCCAGUGUGUCCCAAAUCUGCAGCGCCUCAACCUGGAUUCCAACAAGCUCACAUUUAUUGGUCAAGAGAUUUUGGAUUCUUGGAUAUCCCUCAAUGACAUCAGUCUUGCCGGGAAUAUAUGGGAAUGCAGCAGAAAUAUUUGUUCCCUGGUAAACUGGCUAAAAAGUUUUAAAGGACUGAGGGAGAAUACAAUUAUCUGUGCCAGUCCCAAAGAGCUGCAAGGAGUAAAUGUUAUCGACGCAGUGAAGAACUACAGCAUCUGUGGCAAAAGUACCACGGAGAGGUUUGAUCUGGCCAGGGCUCUCCCAAAGCCGACAUUUAAGCCCAAGCUCCCCAGGCCGAAGCAUGAGAGCAAACCCCCUUUGCCCCCCACCGUGGGAGCCACGGAGCCUGGCCCAGAGACCGAGGCUGACGCUGAGCACAUCUCUUUCCAUAAAAUCAUCGCAGGGAGCGUGGCCCUUUUCCUGUCUGUGCUCGUCAUCCUUCUCGUUAUCUACGUGUCGUGGAAGCGGUACCCUGCCAGCAUGAAGCAGCUGCAGCAGCGCUCCCUCAUGCGAAGGCACAGGAAAAAGAAAAGACAGUCCCUAAAGCAAAUGACUCCCAGCACCCAGGAGUUUUAUGUAGAUUAUAAACCCACCAACACGGAGACCAGCGAGAUGCUGCUGAAUGGGACGGGACCCUGCACCUAUAACAAAUCGGGCUCCAGGGAGUGUGAGAUACCUUUAUCAAUGAAUGUGUCAACUUUUCUGGCAUACGACCAGCCCACAAUAAGUUACUGUGGGGUGCAUCAUGAACUUCUCUCUCAUAAAUCCUUUGAAACGAAUGCACAGGAAGAUACGAUGGAAACACACCUAGAGACUGAGCUGGACCUGAGCACAAUCACAACAGCUGGCCGAAUCAGUGACCAUAAACAGCAGCUGGCUUAACUGAGCUAAUUGGUAACCAAGGGUUGCCAUCAAACUUUGUAACCUCAAGGACAAAAUGAGGAAGAUUUGUUCAUUGUGGACUCUAAAACAAAAGAAAACAAUCCCCUGUUAAAAUAAACAAAAAAUCCAAGAUUGAUUCAUGAAAUAAAGAAGACAUGAAUUGUUUCAACUCUACACUUUAUAAUUAGCUAAGUUGUGCAGUAUUUUUUUGACUUACAGUAUGACCCUGAAAAAAAAACUUUUUUUCUCAAAACUCAUCCUACCUACCUGUAAAAACUGUACAGAGCUAAUGUAUUUUUCAUAUUGUAAAGUUUCAAUUAUAGAAACAACUCGUAUGUACAGUACCAUAAUUUAAUUACAUUUUACUUUACAAACUUUAUGUAUUUCAGUUUCUAAAAUUUUAAAUUAACAAAAAUUAUUUCUUGUGUUAUUCAGAGUUACUCAGUUUUGUAGGGACUGUUUUGUUACUGCUUUUGUGCCCAGAAACCUUGACUCUCAAAUUCUGUGCUGUGCAAAACAUGCACGAUUUUUAUCAUGCUUACGGCGUAGAAUUUUAUCUACUUGGUCCAGAAAUAAUACAUUAACCAAAAAGGGUUUGUUGAGACUUGUAAGAAGUUCUUCAAUUACAUAGACAGGUCUUUCUUAUAAAUGAAAAAAAAUCAAAGAUUUUUUAACACUUCUCAGACUUAACUGUUGCCUUGAAUUACAGCCUAGUUUCUAAGCAGUGAAAUGUAAUGAUAAAGAGGGAUAUUUUAACAACGUAUUUCUGAAUGAAUGACUCAUUAUUUCAUUCUUUUGAGUAACCCAUUGUUAAGGGUGGGGGGAAGCAUGGACAAAACAUCACUGGAAACAAAGGCCGUAACCACAGCAACAGAGUUUGAUAUACUUAAAAGGUGCAGCUGCCAGUGACAAAGAAAAACUCUGUUACUUCUCAUUACUUCAGGCCAAGGUGGGAGGAUAAAGCAUAAUAAUUGUACAGUAGCAAUUUUUCUCUUAAUUAACCCAAAGUGGUUUACCUAAAAAUAACCAUCAGUGCAAAAUGUGCCUGGUUUUAAGACAAUUUCCCAUUUAGAAUGGUGAGGCUGUAUUUUAGGAACAUCUGAAAGGAAAUAUAUGAAAAUUUUCACUUUGUGUGCUACAUCCAUUUUCUCCUGGGAGAGAACUCUAAACAUCUACAGCUGAUUCAAUACAGAUAGGAGCCAUGGUGGAACUUUAUCACGCAGGUAGACUGUAAACAUCCUUAAUAUGUUCUACAUUGUUUAUAUUGCUAUUCAUAAUGAGAUUCACCUCCAAAUUAUCUGAAAAAUAAUCCAGAGUAAUUUGAAACCACCCCGGAUCAUAUAUCGAUUAUCCAAUUGUAUUAUAAAGUUAAUUCAAUCAAAUUAUGAAAACCUGACUUUUCAGAAGCUGAAAUAAUCAACUUGUUUCUGUUGUUUGCUUGACACAGGUCACUGUUUGAAAAUAUUGUUAUUUUAUCUAUGGUAUUCACACAUCCUUUUGUGUUUUUUUUUUAAUAUAAAACUACAAGUUUCAAUUGCUGUUACACUAGGAGAAGUGCUUUUUUUAUGCUGUCAUUUUUAAUUCAUGACAUCAAAAAUAGGUUGAGAGGAUGUCAAUCUAAUAGGGAUCAAACACAGUCAAAAACAAUGAAGAAAAGAAUCUGUGAAAACCGAUGUCAAACUUUCAAUUUUUUAAAUUUCUUCCAAAGAAAUUCAAAAGUGUAGUUUUAUGCAGGUUUAUCAUGGCAAAUUUAAGGGCAGGUUCAAAGAGAAUGAAUUUAAAAAAUCAAGAGCAAAUUUUUGUUGAAAAUAUACUGUCAGAAGGGAAAGAAACAAAAUGUUGGAAGAGCAAACUCUCUUACUAAUUUAAAUGAAACUAAAUGUCACAGCACUUGUAUCAACUAUUUGGCAUUCCAGAUUUUGUAACAUAUUUUGCAUAAAUUAUUUGCUAUUCAGAAAAUUUUGUCAUUUUUAGUUUAAUUUUAAUCUCUUUUUUUCAAUUUCUGAUUUCCUUGCACUGUAUUAUUGUCAGAGUAUUCUUAAUCCUCUACACUGGUAUUUUGCUUUGCAGUUUGCAAAUCUAUAGAGGGUUAACUAUAAAUCUAUUAUGUGUGGAUCUGAAAUCUGAUGCAAAAUUUUAUUUAUUAUGUAAACCAAAAUGUCACUUGCAAUUUUUUCUCAUAGAAGUUGUCCUUGCAAAGAUUCAAAUAUCUUUUAAUUUGUGUAAAUAAGCAUUUUAUAUCUUCUCUUUCCAGACAUUUUCAAACUGACAAAUGAUUUUUAGAAAUUUUAAAGGUUCCAGGGAGCCUCACAAAUAUAUACCCUUUAUUUCCUGAAGCAAACUGCUUUCUUUCUUAAACAUUUUAAGUUCAUCUGAAGUGAACAACUAUAAAUAGAAGCAGUCACCUUGGAACCAGGUGCAUGGGAGCUCUUAGCUCUGUGCAUCGGAGGACUUAUUACGUACAUUAAGAGCCAAAUAAACUAAGAAUUUUGGUAUUUGUCAUAUUUGAAAUUAAACCCAAAGGAUCUUUAACAGGAAAAAAAAAAAAGAUGUUGGGUUACUUGUUUGCUUAAUUUUUAUUCUGCCAUGUCCCGGGGUGUGGGGGCUUUGCGGAAAUGAAAACCUGCUAGAGGAGAUUGUGUCUGGAAUCUUUACCAUACAUUUGCAAUUUAUAUAUUUGUGUCUAAAAUCCCUAUUUCUAAUCUGUCUUUUUCAGAAUUCAGUAAUCUCCCAUUUCCUCUUUCUAACCACCCCAUGUCUUCUUUCCUGUCUACUACUCACCUCUUUAAACAACUGAAAUGUUUCUAUGUUUGGAGUUGAAAAAUGCAGUUCAGCCCAACAUGGUUACAAUAACAGCGGUAGCUACAGCAAACACAUUUAAGCAGUGUUUUGAAGUUUACAAACCAUAUUCCACAUAAAUUAUCUCAUUUUCCCUUCAUAACCAAUCUAUGAAGACACAUUAAUCUCAAAGAAGUUGAGACUUGCCCAAGAACACAGGGCUAAUAAUUGGUGGAGCUGAACUACUCUCAAAAUUCAGACCGUAUUAGUCUUUCCACUAUACUAAAAGCCUUCCCUCUCUGAUCAGGGCCAGAGAAUUUCCAGAUAGUAAAUAGAAUGAAAGUCCCAAUUUCCAGAUAGUAAAUAGAAUGAAAAAAUGUUUGACAUGUUGUUUAGUAAUCCCUAAUUUAACUCAGUUCCUCUAUCUGUAUAAUAUAUGGGCUAAAUAGACUCUUUCUGUGUGCUACUCUGGGCUCUCACAUUAAAACUCUUUAUUCAAAAAGUAUAACAAGUCAUAAAUUUCUUAACAAAUCACAUCAUUUGUAAAUGUGUAGAACGGUUGCUUCCAAGAACUGGAUGUAUAUAGUCCCCAAGGUACAGAAUAAAAUUGAGAAGCAUAAAAAAAAAACAAAAACAAAAACAAAAAAAUCAAAGAUCAAAAUCGAGAUUAUGCAUAGAGUUAUAAAACAGAUUCAUAGUGCAACGUUGAACAUAUGUUUAACACAUGUUCAACUGAACACACAUUCAAUUCAGAGCUAAUUGGAAAAACCUUUGUAAUUUUCUUUUUUUCCUUUUUUGUUUCAGCAAAAAUACUUAUUGAACCAUGAAUUCUUACAUCUAUCUUAAUAGAGAAUAAUUUUCUCUAUUCUCAUUCCAAUAAAAAUGAAAUGUAAUUCAUCCAAACUGAUGUACAGAUGCAAAAACAUAUGCUAAUAAGCAAAUAAUAUUUUUGAUCAGCUCAUUUUAUCAAGUCUCUAUCCCUACUCCCAAAACCACAAAAUCAGACAGAUUUUCAUAUAAAUUAUAUUUUUAGAAGGAAAGAAAACUUGCCCAAAUUUAACAUUCAAGACAAAUGACAUAAUCCUAACUUGAAAUCAGAUCAGUAUGACUAUGACUCCACAAACUGCUUAGAAAUAGAAUCUUUUUUGCAAAAAUAUUUUCUAAAAUAAAACCACUGUAUAUGGGAUUAAGAAUAUAUGUUUUUCUCUGCUCCUGACUGGAAGACAGAUAUCAUCUCUGAAACUCAACAUUAAAAAUAAGUAAAGAAACUGGAAGCAUGAAAACAGGUACCUGAUGUGAAUGAUUAGUAAGCUGGAAGAAAGAAAAUCAGACGUAGAUUUUCUGCUGGGUAGACGGUAGCCAAUGAAGGAAAAAGUAACAGAACCAGCAGAUAUUCAGCCUCAGGAAAAAGGAUAAUAAAUCUCUAGAGUAGACACAAUAACAUCUUACAUUAGCAUAGCUCUUAACAGUUUAUCAGUCAGGGUAAUGGUAUAACCACCUCGUAACACAUAAAAAGUCCCGAGGUCCAGAUGGGUUGAUAAUACAGUAAGAAAUCCAGAUAAGUUAGUCUUGCAGCAAGUAAGAGCCUCCAACUACUUUUAUUACCUUCUCAACUCACCACAGCUGUCCCUAACUAGAGAGGUACCAAAGGCAGAGGAUCCACGGUCAAGGCUUUCAAAACCCUGACAUACCCACAAGGGUGGAGUAGACUGACAAUCAGCAAUUGUGCUUCAUUUUACUAUCAACUGUAAUGGGGAAGAAAUAUUUGAAAAUUUAAAAAAUAUAUACCAAAACGGU